AUGGCAGAAGCGAAAAGAAAAACGCCCAGCGCCCGAGCGGGAAUGCCCAGCGGAACCAAGAGACAAGCCCACAAUGCCAACAAGACUGCGUCAGAGGCAUCCUCCGCACACGAGAAAUUCGGGGCUAAUAGUCCACGCCAGAGGGCACAUGUUCACGGGACGAAGCAAGCGAGCGAAAAAUAUGGGAGCAGCGCCGCGGGCGGAGUGGCAGUCCUCCUCACUCUGCCAAGACGCACAGGUGCCGAGACGCCGAGCCCUUGGCAGGCAGCCCUUGGGUUCUUGGAUGGGAGGCAUCGUCGCCCGUCUUCGCGCUGGAGGGCGGUUUCAGAGCGGGAAGAGGGCAGCGUGGCCGAGUGGGAGCAGUCUCCCGGGGGCCCGCGAACAAGCAAGCAACGAGACCCGUCAUGCGUGGUUGAAAUUACGCGACUUUCCGCCAAGUGGCUUGUCCAUUCUUGGAAGUUUGACUCUCUCUGGCCGCCCGCUGAUUGGCUCCCGCGGCUUUCCGUCGUAGCCGCAAUUGGAAGAUCUCGGAAUGCCAAGCCCCGCGUCCACCGAACUUGCGGAGAUCACUGCGGCUCCGGCAAAUCACAUUGCGCCAUUCCCCAGGACUUCAGACGCCGCCGGGCACGCUCGUUACCGUACCAUACGCCCCGGCUGCCUCCCAAGCAGUCCCGUCUUCGCUGCUACGAUACCAGCCCUUUACGCGCCCUUGAGGCAAAUUGA